UGGACAGCCGCUUCGAACCUUCUAAGGAUCGGCCGAUGGGUGCCCAGAAACGAGAACCCAGUAUAAAAACUAGAUAUUGGUUAUUUUUGCAGUCAUUCGCCAAAAUACUCAGACACCGGCAAGGCACAAUUCGUAGUUUGUUUUUUUGUUGUGAAGGAGCAGUAAAGCCAAACCAAAUCAGCCAAGAUGUGUGAUGAUGAUGCUGGAGCACUCGUUGUCGAUAACGGAUCCGGAAUGUGCAAGGCCGGCUUCGCUGGUGAUGACGCCCCGCGUGCCGUCUUCCCGUCCAUCGUUGGUCGUCCCCGUCACCAGGGUGUUAUGGUCGGUAUGGGCAACAAGGACUCGUACGUCGGUGAUGAGGCCCAAUCUAAGCGUGGUAUUCUCACACUGAAGUACCCGAUCGAGCAUGGUAUCAUCACCAACUGGGAUGAUAUGGAGAAGAUUUGGCAUCACACCUUCUACAAUGAACUGCGCGUUGCCCCAGAGGAACAUCCAGUCCUGCUGACCGAAGCUCCGCUGAACCCGAAGGCCAACCGCGAGAAGAUGACUCAGAUCAUGUUUGAAACCUUCAACUCGCCAGCCAUGUAUGUCGCCAUCCAGGCUGUCCUGUCCCUGUAUGCCUCCGGUCGUACCACCGGCAUUGUUUUGGAUUCCGGAGACGGUGUUUCGCACACUGUCCCAAUCUAUGAAGGUUAUGCUCUGCCACAUGCCAUCCUCCGUCUAGACUUGGCCGGUCGUGAUCUGACAGAUUACUUGAUGAAAAUUCUGACCGAACGUGGUUACUCUUUCACCACCACCGCCGAGCGUGAAAUCGUUCGUGAUAUCAAGGAAAAGUUGUGCUACGUCGCUUUGGACUUCGAGCAGGAAAUGGCCACUGCUGCCGCUUCUACUUCGCUGGAAAAGUCCUAUGAACUUCCUGAUGGUCAGGUCAUCACCAUUGGCAAUGAACGCUUCCGAUGCCCAGAGGCUCUGUUCCAGCCUUCUUUCCUGGGUAUGGAAUCCAGCGGUAUUCACGAGACCGUAUACAACUCGAUCAUGAAGUGUGAUGUCGAUAUCCGUAAGGAUCUAUACGCCAACACUGUCAUGUCCGGUGGUACCACCAUGUACCCAGGUAUUGCUGAUCGUAUGCAGAAGGAAAUCACCGCCCUGGCUCCGUCGACCAUCAAGAUCAAGAUCAUCGCCCCACCAGAACGUAAAUACUCCGUCUGGAUCGGCGGAUCCAUCUUGGCUUCUCUGUCCACCUUCCAGACCAUGUGGAUCUCCAAACAGGAAUACGACGAGUCUGGUCCGGCCAUUGUCCACCGCAAGUGCUUCUAAGUGUACUGAAAUAAGCACACCAACAACAGCAGAAACAGCUACAGCAUUACCAUCAGCAUGCAUCGAGACACCUAUUUACUGUGAAAACAUCAUCAUCAUGCAAUAUUCUCCCAUAUGUGAUUCAAAUAUUUUCUCCGUGGAAAGAUAUGUCUAUUUAUAUCUGUAA